AUGGAGGAGAUGAUAAGCCGUGCUUUUGCGGGAUCACCACACCUAUCGUACAAUCGAACCCCGGUCAUAAUCCGUCCACCGACGGGCUGCCACUCAGCCGCCACCCGGCCACCGCCCGGACGUCUUCCAGCUGCUUUAAGUAACCGGCCACCGGGCCGUAACUCGGUCUUCAUCCGGCCGCCAACCCGGCCGCAACUCGGUCUUCAUCCGGCCGCACUCAGCCGCCUUCUCCGACCGAACCCGCCUUCAUCCGGCAGUAUACCCGGCCGUCGUACGAGCGUCAUCCGGCUGCUACCGGUGACCAUCCAGUCACUACCCGGACACUACCCGGUCGUAACUCGGUCUUCAUCCGGCCGCACUCAGUCGUCCCCUCGACCGAACUCGCCUCCCUCCGGCCGCCAACCCGGCCGCAACUCGGUCUUCAUCCGGCCGCACUCAGCCGCCUCCUCCGACCGAACUCGCAGGCAUCCGGCAGUAUACCCGGCCGUCGUACGAGCGUCAUCCGGCUGCUACCGGCCUCCAUCCAGUCACUACCCGGACACUACCCGGACACCACCCGGCCACCACCUGGUCGCCUACCGGACGCCAUCCUACUGCCACCCGACCAUCACCCGAUCGCUACCCGUCACCACCAAAGCCCAGUCAGGUACAUUGACGGCUGCAGCGAUGACAAGCGGUGGUAGGGCUACCAGCAUCUUUGCUCGUCCGCCCGUUACGAGUUCAAGGGGACUGCAGAUGGAUCGUAGCAGUGCCAACAAUGCUACUAGAGUAAGCUUCGACAGCUGCAGGGCAAUCUAA